AAAGCUUUCCCAUUUAUUCCUCCUGCUUAGUCCGCAGUUACUCCCAUCGUGUCCGGGGACUACAGCCACCAGCAGCGGGACAGAGCGGCGAUGACGUCCCGGGUCUCCUUCACGCAGAUCCGGCUGGAAGCGGAGCUGGAGCGCUACCGGGCCGAGUGCCAGUGGGGCAAGAUCCUGUCACUGGUGGAGCAGAUGCACGCGGCGCGGAUCCACGAGGACGAUGAUUACGGCACCCUGCUGAUGGCUGAGGCCCUGCUGGAGGAGUGCUUGCUGGAAAAUAUGGAUCUGUUGCGCAGCUCAACGCCUUUAAUGGACAAAACUCAGGCCCGACUCUCCAAGGCCAAAGGCUACCUCAACACCAUCCUGAGCCGAGGCCGCCUCACACCGAGGUACUUAAAUGAGGCUCUGCUGCUGAUGGCCAAAGUGCACUACGUUCAGGGCCGGUACCGGGACGCCCAGGGAAUGUGCGCUAGGGUGGGACUGGAGGAGCUGACUCAGGAUGACCAACCAGUCUACCACCUCCGCUUAUUGGCUGAGGCAUUUGUCAUUAAAGGUCUGUCUCUGGACCACCAGACGCUGUCGGCUGUGUCUCGCAUUCGUCUUUCAGAGAGAGAGGAGGAGAGUCUGUCCUGCUUUCUGAGGGCGUGUGAUGCAGCUCUGUCCUACCUGCAGGAGCUUGAUAAGAUGGUAACCACCCCCCAUGCCAAAACCACCAAAGGCAGCCUGCUCUCUGCACCUGUUGAUGUUGAUCUGGGCUUCUUCCUGCAGGCAGCCCUGCAGAGUGCUUACCUCUGUCUGCUGCAGAGAGGUCAUCUUGCACAGGGAGCUCACCAGCUGCGUAGGGUGCUCAGGGUGGUGGAGUCACGAGGGUCUCAGAGCUUCAGGAAGUGUGCAGCCAUGAAACUAGCACAGGUGCUGCUGAGCUCUGUAAGUGAGGACAGCUACUGGCCCCCGCUUGGGCCCCCGCCUGCAGUCUGGCUCCAGAGAGAAGGAGCAGCCGCCUCCAAAGACGCCAUGUACCCCACCGUUAAACCACCACAGCGUUACGGCACAGAUUGCUGCUUCUGUCCACAGGACGUGGUGGAGGAGGCAGUGCUGCUGCUGCUCAUCACAGAAUCAAUGACCAGCGGUGAAGCGGUGAUCAGCCGCCUGCCCGACCAGGCCGAGGCUCGCCAGGCCAGCCUGCAGGAUGCCACCUCCGUCUAUGACCUGCUUACCAUUGGCAUGGCCAGGAGGGGGCAGUACGCCAUGCUCUCUGAGUGCCUGGAGCGAGCCAUGAAGUUUUCAUACAACGAGUUCCACCUUUGGCACCAGCUGGGCCUGUCACUCAUGGCGGCCGGAAAGUGGGUCGGUGCUGUGUCUGUUUUUAAAGAAUGUGCCAGGAUGAGACCAGACGACCCUUCUUUGCCCUUACUGGCUGCUAAAAUCUGCAUCGGCCAACUGCACUGGUUGAAGGAGGCAGAGAAUCUGUCUCAGAGUGUGGCAUCGAUGGGAGAAGAGGCGAGGGAAUUCCUUCCCAGGGCCUACCUGGCUCUGGGGCUCAGCUUCAGUCUUCAGGCCUCUGAGGCCACUCUGUCAGCUGAUCGAAAUGAGUUAAACAAAAAAGCCCUUCAUGCAUUAAACAAAGCUAAUUCCUUAGACCCCCAGGAUGCUCAGAUUUCCAUGUACCUGGCUCUCCAACUGGCCCUCGUACGCCAGGUGUCAGCAGCCAUGGAGCCUCUGCAGACGGCUUUAUCUCUGCGUCCAGAUGACUUGCUCUCCCUCCACCUACUGACCCUGCUGCUCAGUUCCCAGAAACAUCACCGCCACGCCCUAGACACCCUGACCCUGGCGCUCAGUCAGCAUCCGGAUAACUUCAAUUUGCUGUUGACGAAGGUGAAGCUUGAAGAGGCCAUGUUUGGACCCGCUACAGCCCUGCAGACCUGUGAGGAGAUGCUGCAACGCUGGCAGAGUCAGCAUGAUGUCAGUCGCUCCAGUGAGACAGAUGACAGCAGCAGUAUACCGAUGGCUGAGAGGUCAGAGGUCAACCCUGUUGUCAGGAAGCCCUCCAUCCAUCUAAACCUCCCUGACUUCCAGGACACCUCCACAGGAUCCCUCAGCCCUCCAUCGGUGGCAGUGUCCCGUCUGGAAGCAGCGCUGUCAGAGGUGUCAGACCUGAGCUCCACCCGCCGUCAAGGACCUACUUACAUCUGGGCCACUCUGGAGCGUAUCUGGCUGCAGGCUGGGGAGCUAUUCAUGGCAGACGGCCGGCUAAAGGAAGCCCAGUUCUGCAUAGCGGAGGCCAGCUCACUCUUCCCCAACUCCCACUCGGUGCUCCUGCAGCGGGGCCGCCUGGCUGAGCGGAGGGGCCAAAUGGACGAAGCCAAGGCACUGUACGAUGAGGCCCUUGCCAUCCAUCCAACGGGAGAGCACAUACUGGUGCAAAUGGGUCGCCUGCUGGUGAAAACUGGUCGUGUUCACCUGGGUGAGAAAGUGCUGCGUGAUGCGGUUCAGGUCCACAGCACCUCCCACGAGGCGUGGAGCGGCCUGGGCGAGGCUCUGCAGGCUCGCAACUCCAGCCAGGCUCCAGACUGCUUCUUGACGGCCCUUGAAUUGGAGGCGUCCUGCCCCAUCAGGCCCUUCACCAUCAUCCCCAGAGAGCUCUGAAGAGCUUGGCUUAGUUUUGUGCAAAGUAUUUAGCGUUUCGAUAAGUUAUAUAACACUCAGAAAGAAAAAAAAGUAUUCUCCAUUUAAAUCUAAGUUUGUUUUUAGGCACAUUACUGUUUUUGGUGUUUUGUUUUGUUUGUUUGUAAUAAUGGAAAACUUUAACCUAUUAUUUUUAUUUAUUUUCUGCAAAUACCCUAAUUACCAGCUAUUGUGUGAUCUAUAUGUGGAAAAAUCAAUUAGCUUAAUUAUAAAACCUGCAAAACACAAUUCCUACACCGUAGUUUCUUUAUUGAUUGUUCAAUUUGAUCACAUAUUAAGUUUCAACAUGUUAUUCUUGUAGCAUCAUUUUCAAUCAAUCUGCUGGGUGUAUACAAUUUAUUUGGUUUAAUGAACAAAAUGGCAUUAACCUUUAUCAUCAGAAGUGACAUUUUCAGGCUAAGUAAACCUGUUUAGACAUGUAUUUAUUACAAGGGUUGUAAUUGAAACUUCACCUCACAAGAUGUAAUCAAGCUAAUUUUAACCAAAACUUUUGUAAA